CAUUUUUUUCCGGAUGCUUCCCUCCAUAAAAAAAACCCAACUCAGAAGAUAAAGCUCAUUCCCUUAACCGUCUCCACCUCUUCUUCUUCCUCCUCUCCCUCCUCUCAAAACUCCAUGGCCGCGGCCUGCAACCUCCUCCACCUCUCCUUCCCGAGGACCCCUCCCUCUCCCGCUUCUCCCCUCCGCCCCUCUCGGCCCAACGAGCUCCCCCUCCCUUUCCCCUCUCGCCGCCCCUUCUCGCUUUCGCUCUCCUCCACCUCCUUCUCCAACCUACCCGGCCCUUUCCAUGUCGACCCCGCGCCCCCCCGCGCGGGGUACAACGUGCAGGUCGUGGUGGGCGAGGACGAGCCCGAGGAGGUGCUGCUGCGGCGCUUCCGAAGGGAGGUCUCCAAGGCUGGGGUCAUCCAGGAGUGCAAGCGCCGCAGGUUCUUCGAGAACAAGCAGGAGGAGCGCAAGCGCAAGGCCCGCGAGGCCGGCCGCAGGAACCGCCGCAGGCGAUUAGCGUCAGGACCAAGGUUUCCAUCUUCAUCAGCUGCUGAUAGUGAAGCUGCUUCCAAAAGGGCUAGCGAUGACUUAGAUGACAACUGGGAUCUGCCAGAAGGCAAUCUUCCUUAUUGAAACAAUUAAGCAAUUUAGUACGCCGUUUCUGUGCAUGCAGCUUUUUUUAGCAGGCGAAUUGGAGGUAAGAAUGAAUUGUAUAGAUUGCUUCUCCUCCUUCCAUGAACCAUGAUGUGGCAGAUGAGUCAUCAACGGCCUAUUUCAAUCUUAGAAUUUUUUUUUUUAUGAUGUUAAAUUUGUUCUACUCUAUCUUUAUGUUACACUCUUUCAUCUACUUCUUGCAACAAUCAUCUUGACAAGCUGGCUGAAUGAGCCACAGGGGUUGUUUAGCAGCUGUGAAACAAAUUCUGUUCAACCGAAUAUCUUGUGACCUUGUUGAACUUUCUUUGGCCAAUGCUGUUUUUCGUAGUAAUUCCUACACGCUAUUGUUUA